UUUCAUGCUAUCGUUCAUACGCGGAAUUAAAAGCACCUGUAUAAUACAGUUGCUAUAGUUGUAAAUAAAUAUUUUUGUGAGAGUUGUAGAUUAUGUAAUUAACAAUGCAUUAUUACAGUACUAGAAGUUUGAAAAUUAAAUUCUUUUAUUUUAAAGUUAUGCAUUUUUAUAUAACAAGAAAUAACAAUUAUGUUGGAAAUAAUAUUAACCUAUUUUAAAUUGUUGUAAUACUCUUUCAUCUAUACAAAGCAUAUCAUUUUUAUAAGUCAUAUAUCUAAAAUGAGUAAUAAGUAAUGAUUAUUUUGGUUCGCAUUUGACAUACUGUGUGUAAUACAUAUGUACAGUCCACAUUAUGUACAUAUUUAUAAAUGAUAUUUUUCUCUUGAUAUUUGAUUAAAGAUUUCUAUUUAUAUGAUUAAUUAAAUCUGAAUGAGCUUUAAGUGAAUUACAUUGUAAUACCGUAGAAAAACAAACUUUAAUUAUGUCUAUAGAAUCAAUAACAAAUCUAUAUACUGAGGAAGACUUCGAUGAGCAUAUCAUCAUACCAGCAACAAAGAUGAAGCAAUCUUCUAUAAAAUUUAUUUUAAUCUUUAUCAUCGGUCUGAUAUUAUUAUUGCUUGGAGCAAUUGCAGCAGCAUUUUGGUCUUCCAUUUUUAAUUGGUUCUUAUUAAAAGAACUAACAUUGACGCCAACUUCGACUAUUUAUAAUCUUUGGAAGGAAACACCUAUACCAAUGUAUCUCAAAUUUUAUUUUUUCAAUUGGACUAAUCCUGAUGUCUUUAAUCAUCCUCUCAAUAUAAAACCAGUACUUGUUGAAAUGGGACCAUAUGUAUUUAGAGAAGUUGAUUAUAAAGUAAACCAAAUCUGGAAUGACAAUGGAACUAUAACAUUUCAAAGAAGAAAAGUAUGGUAUUUUGAUGAAAGUUUAUCUAAUGGAAAAUUGACAGAUCAAGUAACUAAUCUAGAUCCAGUUGUGGUAACAUUGGGACAAAUGAUGAAAAGUAAGUCUACACUUAUGCGUGAAAUUUCUGAUAAAAUAAUAAAAAGUUUAGGAAAAAAUUUAGCAAUGACACAGACUGUUGGUAAACUCCUAUUUGAUGGUUAUGAAGAUAAGUUACUUGUUAUAGCAAAAAAGUUGAACUUAUCAAUUAUACCCUUUACUAAAUUUGGCUGGUUUUAUCAGAGAAAUAAUUCAGACACUUAUGACGGAACAUUCAAUAUGUUAACUGGAACAAAUAAUAUAUAUGAAAUGGGAAUUGUUAAAGAGUGGAAUUUUGUAAAUAAAACAAAUUAUUACAAAGAUUCUUGUGCGAUAAUAGAUGGUACAAAUGGAGAUUUGUGGCCACCUCUGGAUAAUAAUAAAACUGCAAAUAUAUUUGUACCUGACAUUUGCACGUAUGUAACAUUGACAUAUAAAAAUGAAUCUCUAUACCAAGGCUUAGAAGGUAGUAAAUUUAUUUCCAGUAUAACUACGUUAGAUAAUGGUGAUAACGUUAAGUCACGUAAAUGUUAUUGUAAGAAUAAACCAUGUGAACCGUCUGGAGUAUUAGACGUGUCAAAAUGUAAAUAUGGAGCACCAGCUUUUAUUAGUUUGCCACAUUUCUAUUUAGCAGAUAAUAGUUACGGGAAAGCAGUAAAAGGAUUGGAACCUUCUAAAGAAAAGCAUGAGUCGUUUGUAAUCAUUGAACCAAAAACUGGUGUGCCAUUGCAAGUGAAAGCACAGUUACAAUUAAAUCUUAUGGUGGAGUCAAUUCAAGAAAUGAGUAUAUUUAAAUAUGUACGAAAAACAUAUAUGCCUAUGAUGUGGUUUACACAAGAAGCUAAUUUAACUCCCAAUUAUGUUAAUCAAGUUAAAUUUUUACAUAUAUUACCAUCAUUGGGACUUGUUACUUCUAUCGGUAUUACUGGUAUAGGAAUCUUAAUAACUUUCAUUGGUCUUUUUGUUUUUGUUCGUCAAAGAUGGCACACAGAAGAAAACCAAGUACUAUUACCUAGAAAUAGUACAAGUCAAGUCGAUAGAAUUGAUGAAAGAUCAACAUUUUGAUUAGAAAUAGAAAUAGUAAAAGUAUUAAAGCUAUAAUCCAGCUUUAUUUUGUAUGCAAAAAGCAUAUUUUUACUAUCAAAAAAAAUAUAUAUAUAUAUAUAUAUUUUUUUUUUAUUAAACUAAAAGCAUAUUUUAAUAUUAUCUUAUAUAUUAUAAUAGUUUCGUACCUCUGAUUUAUGGCUAUAAUAGUAAUUUAAUAUACUCAUAUAUGUGGAUCGUUAAUAAUCAAUUUGUUAACUAUAAAAUGUUAAAAUGUUAAAACCUUUAGAGCGAUAAUGAAGUGCCUAUUAUUAAACUAUAAAAAUCUAUCCACAGAAUAUACAAUUACUAAAGACUAUAUAUGGACGCAACAAUGUUAGCUAGUUAGUAUGUAGAAAAGAAUCAUAUUCAAAUGUUACAUAUAUACAGUUACAUAAAUAAUACAGAGGUAUGGAAAUUAUGAAAAUAAAUAUUAUGACGUUUAGGAAUUAAAAUGUUAUAAUAAAAUUAUCUAUGAGAAAUUUGUUACAAGUACAGUACACUUUGGUGCUUCAGUCACCGUAAUAUCUGUGAUAAACAGCAAGUGUGCUUUUAAUGUUUAUAUGCAAGAGUUUAAUUAAAAAAUAUAAAGAGAGUUGUUUAUUAUAGUAUAAUGUGUGUACUGAAUAAAAUAACAAUUCUUUGUUAAAUAAUGAUUAUGACGAAAUAUUAUUAAUUCGAUUGUUUUUAAUACAUGUUAUUAUCAAUUGUUAAGAAUAAAGAAGUAUUUGCGGCGAUACUCAUACGACAAUGAAUAUAAUUAAAUUAUUCGAAAUAUUGAAAUAUAAAUGUCUACAUUUGUUACUUUUCAAAUAAUUUUUUCAUUUAAAAAAUUAAUCAAAAGGAUCGAUAGAGUGGUGGUCUUUCUAAAUUCGUUGAUGAAUCAUUUUCAAUUACUUUCGACUGAAAUAUGUGCUAGUUUUAAUUUAUCUAUUAAGACUGUUCAUCAUUUUUAUUAUCGUUCAUAGUAUAUGUAACUUCAACGAAAACGAAAGGAUCGAAAUCGAGAUCGAUUUGUUCUUACUUACGGAAAAUGUUUCGCCCAAGUACUCCACUCAAGAGAAAUUAGUAAUAUUUAAAUAAUAAUUAAAUAUUGAUUGUUAAAUCUUGGACGUAGAGAAGGAAAGAGGAGCUUCGAUGUUUACUUGUCGGGAUGCGAGAGAAGAUUAGACUGGAUCGAUAAAUGUCGCGGUCGGUCAAACGUUUGUAUUUGUUUUUAUUAAACGUAUUACUCGUU